UAGUUCGAAAUUUUAUUACUAUCAAUUUUUUAAUUUCAAAAAUUUUCCCCCAAUGACGUCAACCACCGUUACCUCAGAAGUCUCCAGACCGUGACGACUGACGCACCCAAUUCAAUACCAAUCUCAAACCCAAAACUCUUACUCUUUUCUUCUGCCUUCCCAGAAAAAAAAAAAGAAAAACAAAAUUAGAAAAAAAGAGAGUUAAAUUAAAUAAAAGCAAAAUUGGAAUUUAGAUUCCAAAUUCCUCAGAUUCCCCAAAUCCAGUUCACUUUCGUUUUUAUUUCCAUUUCAACUUCAAUUUAAUUUCAUUUCCCGUUCAGAUUGAGCUGAAUUCGUUCUCCGUUGUCGUUUCGUUUCGCACCGAAAUCGCAUGAAUCUGCGAUUCUGAUAGCAGAUAGCUAACAACCAACCGCCAUGGCCGGAACCUCGACGACGCCGGAGAAGUCGGCGACGGCGAUGGCGCUGAUGUCUCCGACGACCUCGCGGUCGGUGACGCAGACGGUGAACGGCUCACAUAAGUUUGUGAUCCAGGGUUACUCUUUGGCGAAGGGUAUGGGAAUCGGAAAACACAUCGCGAGCGACGUUUUCUGUGUCGGAGGUUACCAGUGGGCGAUCUACUUCUACCCCGACGGGAAGAAUCCGGAGGAUAACUCAGCUUACGUUUCGGCGUUCAUCGCUCUCGCUAGCGAAGGAACCGAUGUGAGGGCGCUUUUCGAGCUCACGCUUGUUGAUCAGAGUGGACAGGGAAAGCAUAAGGUCCAUAGCCACUUCGAUCGGUCGCUUGAGAGUGGACCUUACACCCUCAAGUACAAGGGAAGCAUGUGGGGGUACAAGCGGUUUUUCAGACGGUCUGUGCUUGAAACCUCUGAUUUUCUUAAGAACGAUUGCUUGAAAAUCAACUGUACAGUUGGAGUUGUGGUUUCAGCUACAGAUUGUCCGCAACUUCACUCUAUCAGUGUACCAGAGUCAGACAUCGGAUCUCAUUUUGGUAUGCUAUUGGAAAAUAUGGAAGGGUCAGAUGUUACUUUUAAUGUAGCUGGGGAGAAGUUUCCUGCUCAUAAGUUAGUGUUGGCUGCUAGAUCCCCUCAAUUUCGUUCGAAGUUUUUCGAAGGCUUAGAUGCGGAAAAGCGAGAGAUCACAAUAUCAGAUUUAGAACCUAAGGUUUUUAAGGCCAUGCUGCACUUUAUCUAUAGGGAUACCCUUACAGAAGAGGUGGACAUGGUUCCAUCUACCACAUAUAGUGAUUUUCCAGCUUCGGAUACAUUGAAAGGGAAGUUGUUAGCUGCAGCAGACAAGUAUGGCUUGGAGAGGCUUAAACUGAUGUGUGAAUCUUGUCUUUGCAAGGACAUUUGUGUGAGUUCCGUGGCCAAUAUUUUGACUUUGGCUGACAAUUGCCAUGCUACAGAGUUAAAAUCUGUUUGCCUAAAAUUUGCUGCUCAAAAUCUAGCAGCUGUUAUGAGGUCAGAUGGAUUUGAGCAUAUGAAAGAAAAAUGCCCAUGGCUACAGUCAGAGAUCUUGAAGACAAUUGCGGGCUGUGAGAGUGACAAUUGCAGCGGAGGGGAAAAAUCUCAGAGCGUGUGGGCGCAGCUAUCAGAAGGUGGUGACACAAAUGGUGAUCAUGCUGAUAAAAAUGAUAAAGGCAAAGGAGAGGGAAAACCCUUUUCUGUCCAACUUCCCAAUGUUUCAAUGGGUAGUAGUUUAGGAAAAAGAGGUAGACCACUACUAGUGGUAUGCGUAUGCAGGUUUUUGUUGUCAAUGUCACAAGUGAUGUGUAUGUUGCUAGUGCAGAGAAGUCACUAAAAAUGAGCUACCUCUGGAGUAGUAGACUUUUGACACUGAAUAUACUUUUAGAAGUGGAUAAUUGGGUUGCUGGACUAUCGCUCCUGUCUUCGUUCUAGUUAAUUGUGCUAUAUUUUAACCCUCUUAGCAUGUGUUUGUGAGUUUGGGUCUUGAAGGGGAAAAGAGUGAAGGGAAGGGCUUGAGAACCGACUCUGAUUCAGUCAAGUCAUUCGUUUCUCUCCCUUCUAGUUAGGUGGUGUUGUUGUGUACCAUGUACAAAAAAUAUUCAUUUUGUAGCAAUCAUUUUCUUCAUGAUAACAUUAUCACAAUUGGUAGUGACUAGCUCACAACAUUUUAUUUGUACAAUAA